AUGCAACGCCUGAAUGUGUCGUACCUCGGUGCGCCACAUCCAGUCCUCAACUCUUAUCUGCUGCUGUGCCCUAUGCUCGGUGCAAAUAUCAAGUUCAAAUGUUGCUGCUCUAAAUGUCCAGUCAGUCCGCUCCUGUAUAAGACGAGUCAAGAGAUGACUUUACAAACCCACACAUCACUAAUGGCAUGUUCAAAUAAGGAAGAUGUGCUCCGGAAUGCUUGUGUCAUCAUAGCUGGUCCUACUCACCACAAAAAGGACAAAAUUAAAGAAUUCAAAUUUGAUGUUGAGGAUAUACAGAGAUGCUCCUACUGUCGGUGGACAUUCUUUCAUACUUUCCCAAGAGGACCCGAAAUAGGUGAUUAUCUUUUUUCACAUGCAAAUGCAAGGACUUACAAUGCCUUUGACAACAUGCAAUAUAUUGCCUCUGCAUUAAUGGCUAAAGUUAUUAAGGGACAUUUGUUUUGA